AUGCGGAUUUCAGCUCUAAUGAAGCCGCACUCAGCAGCAUGGAUUGAUGCAAGAGCUCGUUUUGAUAUAGUUGAUGGAUCAGCGGGAUUAUUUGCUCCAGGAUUCGUGCUACGAUGGCCUAACGGCAAAAUAGUCCGAUAUAACAACUGGGCCUACGGUAAUGGCGUCGAACUAAUUGAUCGCGAACGAAAGUGUGUGCAUCUGUUGUCAAGUGGAGAAUGGCGAAACGCAGCUUGUGAUGCCCCAGCUACCGUAAUCUGCGAGAAACGAUUACAUCGGCCUGCCGUUCGCUAUUGUUCAAAACACUGGCUUUACAUGGAUGCAACUCAGUCAUGCUAUAGAGCAAUAACACGAACUAACAUGACGAUACUGGAUGCCGAUAAUCGCUGCUUUCAACUGGGAGCAGAACAUCACCACGAUGCGAUGCUUGCCAGUAUAGGAAAUGAACAAGAAAAUCAAUUCGUCAAA